GAGGGUUCCGAGCGAAGUAAGGAGAAUACAAGCGAUAUUGAGCUCAACUGGGCCGGAAGGCCCAGGAUUGCGGAUCAUACACCAGCCAACCUCCUUGUCGCGAGCGGAGCGAGCAUGGUAUCGUUUCAACCAAACAACCAUCCUACCAUCCACGUUCCUGCCCACGUCUUCCAAUGCUUAUCGAACAUCACUUUACAGGGCUGCGUAAGUGACUUGGUUGUAAACUUCGUACAUUGACAACAUGCUCACCUUGUGACUCUUACGGAAUCAGUAAUCACUGGAAUAUGGCCAUUGACAUCGGUGCUUUGAUGCAAACAUGUCCUCGGAAAGUGCACUUCUGGACGAAAUCAGAGCUGUUCCAUGGCUUACCUGGCCUGACGGCGUUCAUGACGGCGAUGGGUUGCUUGCCGGUGAAGCGCAACUCGCGGUCUGGCAAGAACGAGUCGAAUGAUGAUCUUUUUGAGAGUACGAUCACCACCCUCCUCAGAGGUGGUGUUAUCGCCAUUUUCCCAGAAGGAACUAGUCAUCACACUCCCAAGUUGUUCGACCUGAAGGAUGGCGCUUCAUGGGCGGCAUUGCAGUAUGCGAAGGCGGUUGGCAACCCUGCCAACUAUGCGCCUAUCGUUCCGGUUGGCAUCACCUACGAACCGUUGAAAUGGCGGUGGAGGAACCGCCUGCAUGUUCGUUUCGGGAAGGCCAUCGAGGUCACGGACUUUUUAAAAGAGUUUGAACUCGAUCAGCGAGCGGCAGUAAAGAGAUUGACCGCAAGACUGCAAGAGACGCUUUCUGCUCUCACUGUCAACGCGCCUACCUGGGAAGCCUUGGACUUUACUGCUCGUGUUCAAGCGUUGACGGUCGGCCACGAUAGGGGAUGGCAAGACCUUGCCGUCGGCAGCGCCGCAUCGAGUUUAACCGCGGCCAACGAUUCUGCUCUUGACAGUCUCAACCCACGCGUAACCGCCUACUUUUCGCGGUUGGCCAAGCUGGGAUUGAAGGACAUUGAUGUGGAGAGUGGAAGUAUCAGGAAUCUGUCCUCGCUCGCUACCGAUCUUUUGAUGCAGUUCGUUUUCACGAUCCUCGCCAUGUUGUAUGAGCUGCCAUUCACACUCUUCCACCUCCCCGCCCUCCUCCUCCUAAGCUUCUUCAACGCUCGCGAAAAGUUCCCAGAAUCCAAAGCCCAAAUCCAAAUCUUCGGCUGCUUUCUCGCUCUGCCCAUCAAUUACACCAUCUGGUGGCUCCUCCUCACAAUCUACAUCCUCGGCGCCCCCAUCGCUCCAGGCUCCUUAACACCCCCACCAACGGUCUUCCACAGCUCGCUACUGGCGUCAUGGUACAUCACGAUCGCGGCGUUCAUCUUUGGUCUUCCGUUUCCGAGAGCGGAGGAUCUGAGACGGCAUGCGUCGGAGAGCUUGAAGGGGACUUGGAGAGUGUUAAGGGCUACCAUUGUGGAAGGACGGGAAACGUUGAGGGAGGUUGUGGUGGAAAGGGGACGCUUAAGGAGUGAGUUGAUCAGCAUUGUGGAUAAGAAGAGGCAUUGAUAGGGGUAGUGGGCGCAUGCGAGGGAGUAAGGGCUUUUCGCGCUUUUUCUCUGGUUCCGAGUUUUUCGUUUUUCAUACUUUAGCGUGCACUGUUUACAUCUAGGACAAUAUCAGACCAUGCAUUUUGCUGUUCUAUUGCAGUACUGUUUUUCAGGACCUACAUCGGCUGUUCUCUAGCUAGCGUUUGCCUGAUGCAUGAUUGCAGGACGUGAGCGAUCCGUCGUAAACAACUCGAACACGUAACGCGUACCCUGUCAAUUCACCGUCAUUCGUUCGCGCCUUUCGUCACCCC